AUGGAUCCCAACACGGUUUCCCCCUUGUUCAUUGCCCAGGAGACUCUCUGCUUCUACCCGAUCAGUACAAUAUACAAUCAAUGUCCAAGAUAUCUCUUCUACGCACUUAUGCUGGCGACCUGUGUCACUCGAUGGACAGGUUGGGUCAUGAACGUAUUCUUGGGAACUGCCGCAACAUACGCAGGAACUGCGGCAAUCCACGCCUUUAUCAUGGUGUCUAGUCACCAAAUGCCUCAAGUUCCUGGACCUGUCGCUAUUCCAUAUCUGCCCGCCAACUCUAGCCUACGGAAGUUAUUUCCCUAUCUGGUCACCGAGACCAACCAUGUUCUAGUCUCGCCCGCAUCACUUGAGCUUGAUUCAGAUGCUGUUCUUGCCAUUGUUGUCACUGGUUAUCUCGUCUUUUUGCCACUACAAUGCUGGUCUCGUAUCCUAACACAUGACCGAGCACGGAACCUUCUAUUUUAUCUCUGGCAUGCCCUCAUGCUGGCUGAGUCUGCAUGUGCCCUCGUCUAUGCUGCAAAAAUACCCAAGACCUCACCUCAGUACAUGUUUUGCUUUCCUGAUCUCGCGCCGUUCGACGACACAUCAAAUGACGGCUGGCAACCCGCAUGGAGAACAUCCACAUGGAAUGACAGUGUGUGGGAAACAUUUUCGAACAUAACUCGAUGGAAUCAACUAGGAGACAUCUGCUUCAACCCCUGCUUCAAUUCAACCCAAAUUCUACGACAGCCAGGCUCAUUACAUUCUGCCACUGCAGAUGGACACUUCAAAGUCGCCGCCUCCCAUAGCUUUUGGCAAAAGGCUUUGUACUCACAUCGAUACAUCUACAGUCUCAUCAUUCUCUGUCUGAUCCUGAACUGCCUCCUCUUGACUUACCGCUUCCUACCUUACCGAUCACGCAUCCCAUCAGCCCAGAUUGUGAUAAUCUGGAAAGAACGAAAGAAUAUGUGGAAAGGCCUCAAAGAAGAGGUUAGUGGUGUCAUGAAGCUACCAAACAACCUGAAUUACGACGAGGAAACCGGAAGGCUGACAAACGAGAAUGCCGCUUUCCGGCGCCGAAUACGACACAUACUCAGCCGUCAGUUCCUCAAGACGUUUCUCCACGUGAUUGUUGACGCUGCGAUCCUCUUUGGAAUACUCUUCAGCAUGAUAGUGAGUCCUCUCACCAUUAUUGCCUUUGUCGUUUGGAUCGAGAUCCAAAUCUAUAAUGACGGACCUCCAGGGGAGAGUCCAAGUCAGGUUGGUCAGUGGGCGUACCCCACAUCUCUAGCACUGCUUGUGUUCUCAGCUGCCAUUUCAAAGCUCAAAUAUCGACUCGCUUCAUCUGUUGAGCUGGACCGUGAGAUUUCCGUACUGAAACAACAUCUGGGGGACUUGGAGAAAAUGAAGGAGACACGAUCGGGUUGUGGCUCGAUUGAACUCAGAACAGUCGCAGGUCAGACCAAGGAAAACUAG